AUAGUAAUGAAAUGAAAUGUGUCUUUUUAUUUUUCAGAAAUAAAAAACGGCGUCGUGGAAGGGCAGACCAGAAACGAUGUGUUAAAACUUAAGAGGACAGAGAAUUAAGAGCAAACCUCAAAAGGGGACACCAGUCACCACUCCCAUUUUGAUAUAGUCUUUCUUUGCGUCGGCAACACGUAAGCAAGGACGAACCGACGCCCAGUGGAACACUACGCGACGCAAAACAACUCAGCCCCCUUCUCAGACGCAGCCUUCUUCUCCGACUCCUUUAGAGACCAUAACGCUCCCCUUUUUCUCUGAUGAUCCGCCUGUUCCUCCGGCGUACUUUAGCCUCUACCUCAACCUCUCGAUGUGCAGAUCCAAAAGCAGCACAAAAGUGAUCGAACCCAGCAGACCCCGUCGAUCUCGUACCUCCCAAUCUUCUUCCUCUUCGCCUCGCACCACCGCCAAUAAUCUCCGUCCUAAUUCUUCUUCCUUCAAUCUCACCACAGAAUCUACUAGCUACUAUUACAAGGAUUGGUCUAAAGCCUCCUCCGUUUCAAGUGGGUCCUCCCUUUCGAGCCUCAAGGACUCUUUGCCUGAGAACGCUCAUAUCUAUCAGUUCUCUGAGAUUUCCUCCGCCACCCGACAUUUUAAGCUCGAAAAAUACUCCUCGUCCUCUUCUUCUUCGUCUUGGCGAUGCUCCAUUCACAACAAGGAUGUUCUGGUUUUCCAGCGCAAGUUUCGCCGUCCCAUGGAAUUGCCGGAGCUCCGAGAUCGGCUUGCUGUGAUUUGCCGGAGCCAUCAUAGUAGCUUGAUUAAACUUCUCGGGGCAUCGGUCUCCGGUAAUUAUAUUUAUCUUGUGUAUGAGUAUGUUCGUGGUGUGAAUCUCGCUGAUUGUCUUCGAAAUCGUUUGAAUCCCAGCUUCACUGAUCUGUCGACGUGGCUUUCUCGGAUGCAAAUCGCGACUGAUCUUGCCCACGGUCUUGAUUACAUUCACCAUUUUUCCGGCCUGAACUCGAAUUUCGUCCACAACCACAUCAAGAGCUCGAGUAUCGUCAUCACGGAGGACACUCUGAAUGCGAGGAUUUGCCAUUUUGGUACCUCGGAAUUGUGCGGUGAAAUCGUCACCGCCGACACACCGUCCAGUUCCAAUUCUACGAAAUUGAAGGAGCUGCAGAGGUCCGGUAGCCGGACAGUGAGGUUGGAAGGGACGAGAGGGUAUAUGGCGCCGGAGUAUCUGGCAACGGGGGUUGCGACGCAGAAAUCGGAUGUGUACGCCUUUGGAGUCGUGGUUUUGGAGCUCCUCAGCGGGCAAGAGGCGUUGAAGUACGAAUUCGACGACAACGGUGGAUUCACAAGGGUGAGUGUGGUGGAGACGGCGAGGUUAGCUAUGGCGGAAGAAGGUGGACCGAGGAAGUGGGUGGACAAGAGGCUGAAGGAUUCGUUUCCAGUGGAAGUGGCGGCUGAGAUGAUUCGGGUCGGGUUGGAUUGCCUGGAUGAGGAUCCAAACGAGAGGCCGGAUAUGGGUCGGGUCGCGCUUUCGGUGUCGAAGCUGUAUUUGGAUUCGAAGAAGUGGGCCGAGAAUAUGGGAACGGCUAUUGACUUGACCGUCUCACUAGGGCCUCGGUGACGUUUCUGACUUUGCGACGCGGCGUUUUUCGUGUUAGAGUUUUCUUAAUUUUUUUCAAUUUUUUAAUUGCUUAAAAAAAUCACCACCUUUUUUUUUUCCCCCUUGAAACUGACGACACUGCAUUCAAAGAGAGACGAAAGCUAAAUGUUGUACAUGACAGGAAAGAAAUACGAAGGCUUGCAGAAAUGAAA